CCCCCCAGGUUAUUUUGCUGCAGCCGGACUGCUGCAAGCACUGGGGUCACACCAGGAGAGGGUCCUCCUGUCCCCUGCUCCCUCCCUCUUUCCCUGCCAGGGUGGGGCACACUCCCCUGCACAGGGCCUGUGGUCUUGCAGCAGCACGGGUGGGGCAGAGGAGCCUGAGUAGCUCCCAUGGGGCCUUUAAGAAGCCUCAGUGACCAGCUGAGUCCCUUCCCUGCAGCCACAGCCCGCAGCAGUGAGAAGCAAGCCCUUAUGUCAGAGCUGAAGAUCAUGAGCCACCUGGGGCCCCACCUGAACGUGGUCAACCUGCUGGGGGCCUGCACCCAGGGAGGCCCCAUCUACAUCAUCACCGAGUACUGCCGCUAUGGCGACCUGGUGGACUACCUGCACCGCAACAAGCACAGCUUCCUGCAGCACCACUCGGACAAGCACCGCCCACCCAGUGCUGAGCUCUACAGCAACGCCCUGCCCACGGGGCUCCCUCUGCCCAGCCACAUGUCCCUGACUGGGGAGAGUGAUGGUGGCUAUAUGGACAUGAGCAAGGACGAGUUAGUGGACUACGUGCCCAUGCUGGCCAUGAAAGGAGACGUCAAAUACGCAGACAUCGAAUCCUCCAACUACAUGGCCCCUUAUGAUAACUACGUUCGCUCCAACCUUCCUGCCUCUGAAGUGGAUGGCCCCGGAGAGCAUCUUCAACAGCCUCUACACCACCCUGAGCGAUGUGUGGUCAUUUGGGAUCCUGCUCUGGGAGAUCUUCACAUGACAUUCCCCUCCCACCUCCCACCUGCUGGGGCUGUGGGCAGAGUGCUAGGACAUGGGCCAGGGGACUUGUGUUACAGGCCCAGCGGAUCCUGCAUCUGUGACAAAUGUGUUGAUGUGCCAGCAUUAUGUCCACAUGUGAGCACCAGUAGGUGGCCCUGACUCUGCAUUGGACCUGCUGUGACCUUGGAGGAAUCCCUUGCCCUCUCUGGGCCCGUUUUCCCCUUUGAAGAAUAAAUAAGUUGGACUCAUUCACUCUGAA